AUGUCAAUCGGAGUAGCGAUCAUCGGAAGCGGCAUGUUUGCUAAAGACGAGCAUCUGCCAGCCGUCCAAGCAGCCCCCUCCCUCACCCUCAAAGCCAUCUACUCCCGCUCCCUCAAAUCCGCCAAGUCACUCGCAGAGAACCUCUCCAAUGCCGACCUCUACAGCGACGACUCCGGCGAGGGAAAAAGCUACAGCGACCUCCUAGCCCGCUCCGACAUCCAAGCCGUAAUCAUAGGUCUCCCCAUCCUCACCCAACCAACCUACAUCCGCCAAGCCCUCGAAGCCUCAAAACACGUCCUCGCCGAGAAGCCCGUCGCCAAAGACGUCGCCACGGCCACGGAGCUGGUCAAGUGGUACCACGACAAUGUCGACACGUCGAAAGUCACGUGGAGCGUUGCUGAGAAUUUCCGCUUCAUGGAUUCUUUUCUACAUGGUGCUGAGCAGGUGAGGCAGAUGGGACGGGUGCUUGGGUUUAGAACGAGGAUGCAUGCGUUUGUGAAGCCGGGGACGAAGUAUUUUGAAACUGCGUGGCGCAAGACACCUGAGUACCAAGGCGGCUUCCUCCUGGACGGCGGUGUACACUUCAUAGCCGGUACUCGGCUUCUGCUACAGCCUGAGAACGCCCCAACCCGCGUGUCUGCAUUUACUGCGCGGCUGCAGGAGCACUUGCCGCCUGUUGACACAGUUGAUGCAACGUGGAAGACCAAGUCCGGCGUCUCCGGAACCUUUUCGGUAUCCUUUGGCACCACGUUCAGCGGGAGUGAGUACACCUUGGCUUGCGAGAAAGGCACGGUUACCGUCCUCAGGUCUAUGGUCAAGAUAGUCAAGGACGGUAAGGAAGAGACCAAAGAGUUCUCUGGCGAAGGUGCGGGCGUGAAGCAGGAGGUCAAAGCGUGGGGCGAAGGGAUCGAGUCAGGCAACCAGGAUCCGAGACAGACACCGGAAGAGGCGCUGAAGGAUCUGGAAGUGCUGGAGGCUAUGCUGCAGAGCGGAGAAGGUAACGGCGUGCCGAUAGAUCUGAAACACUAA